AAAUGUCUUCAGCCAAACACUAACCCUGAGUGAGAGAAACGUUUUUGUGUUCUCAUUCAUAUUCUCUGAAAAAGAAACUGUACGUUCUUCCGGGGUAUGAAAACUUAUGAGCACACCUGUAUAUAACGGCACCAUGUCCAGAUCAGAAAAACUUCUGACUGUUUGUUUUUCAUUGACCAAUCACCAGCAAGCUGCGGCUUUCGCCUCCCUGGUAACGGCUUCACCAACAGGAGUCCUCACCCUGGUGACCAUUAUAAACGCGCUGGAUCUUCUCUCGUAGUGUGGAUGGUGAAUACCGCAAUUCAUAGAACACCUCCGUCCCCGGGGAACGCGCUUCUCACGUGCCUUUUUCUACACCUGUCCGUAAAAGUGCCUCGUUCAGGACAUCCAGAAGAUACGAGCAACCUACUAUUGCAUCUAAAUCCCGCUCACCAUCACCCUACACAAACCGGCGCAUGUGUGAGUUAUCUGAGGACUCCAAACAAAGGCUGACCCAGUUCAACCUAGGACCUCAUACAUUCAAGAGAGAGACAGAGGACAAGCCCCCCUUUGUAGUCAGACAUAUGGAGACAAGUCAAUCCCCUGACACAUCUAUGAUGGUAUGUUCCACCAGAGAAUGCUCCAGGGGUCACAAUGAUCUGUCAGCACUGGACAGUCACAGACCCUCCCAUCCCCAAGGUUCGCACAGGAUGCACAUUGAUGACCUUCAAAUGUCCUUGGACAGUUUAAAUGACCCGAUGCCCCUAGAGACAGAAAGUGGUGCUGCGUCUCCUUACAGGUCUCACUUUUCUCGAUCGGCUCCAUCAUCCGUACUAAGACACCCCCCUAGCCCUGUGCUAAACCGAUCUUCUCUCAGAGAGAGAUUCCAAUCUGACCACCGAGCUUCAGCCAAUUGGGAAGAGAUCCAUUCUCGCGUAAAAAAUAUAUUAAGGACGCACAGUGCUCGACAAAGGCUUGUUUUUGACAAGACUGACACUUGGAAGGAGCCCCAUAGUAAUAGUGUAGGAAACAGGACAUCACUUUCCACAAAAGAGUUGCACGACGGCCUUCCGAACACACGUGAUACCUCUGUCCAUUUAGACAAUGGGGAGUUCUGGUGCAAUAAAGCUUCGGCCUACAAGGGGAAGAGUCACCGGGUUAUCUUCCAAGAGAGUAUGGAAAAGAUCUACAAGGACAUGUACAGGAAUUCCUUGAGUCCACAUACUUAUAGAAGAUCACACAAUUCCUAGGGUAAAAUGGGAACUUUAGUUUUGUUAAAAAAUGCAUCUCUUUUGCAAUACCAAUAUAGUAUUAUUAUGAACCACUAAACAAGUGUUGAUGUCUGUAAAAUGAACAAUAAACUGAGUGGAUAUUUAA